CACUGCGGGAUAUUUUCACCUUAAUGAGACGACACGGCGUUUAAUAAGUUAAGAUGUGUUGUGUUGGACCGUCUUUAGUAUAGUGAUGCUUCAGAAGCCCAUCCACUGCAUUUCUUUCUUCUGCUGACCCCAGCCUUUGAGCUCAACCUUUGAGGAAGGAAUGGCUGAUCGCUGCGACCUUGCAGUUCCCCCCGGUCAGCGGUAUAUCGAGGUGGAACAUGACUACGAGUACAAAUUCAAAGACCGCAUGAUUAAUAUUAAGCAAGGGGAGUGUUACCUGCUCGUGAAAAAGACUAACGAUGACUGGUGGCAGGUGUGCAAGGACGAAAACAGCAAAGGUUUCUAUGUUCCCGCACAAUAUGUCCGCGAGGUCCGGCGGGCACUCAUGCCCCCCACCAAACCUCUCCCUAAUGCCGGAAGUGGCGUCGGAGUUAGAGGGGGGUCCGGGAAGGAUCGUCCUACCGUCCUGGACCUAAAACAGCCCGACGAGAACCAGAACAAACGGAGUCCCGGUCAGGCACCCCUGCCUCGACAGCAAGUCGCGUUGCAGCCACCGAAAGACAACAAGGGCAGUCCGAAAAGUCCCAGAAGUCAAGGGCAGCCGACGUUCCCAGCAAACGCGGAGCAGGAGGUGCAACCUCAGCCCCGGGCUGAGUCCCCGAUCGGACCCAGAAUACCUCUGGAUUUGGAUAUGGACAGCGAUAAGGAGGGGGGUAAAAUAAGGGAUGGAGAGAAGGAGAAGAAGAGGAAAGGAUCAGAUAAAGAUGGAAAAAAAAGAAAAGAUGCAGAAAUAGUGAAGAGGAACAGUGAAAAGGACAGAAAGGCGGUGGGAAUGUGGGAUAAGCCUCUUGCACCUGGAGAAUCACCGAGGGAGGCGUCUGAGAAAAAUCGAAAUGAUUCAGAAUCUGGGGACGAAUUAAGCAGCAGUUCCACAGAGCAGCUACAGGUACGGUCUGACUCCCCUGUCUACGCUAACCUGCAUGACCUGAAGAUCUCGCAGUCCUCUCUGCCUCCUCUGCCCUCGUCCCCCCCACUUAGCUCGUUCGGAGACUGGGAGACGCACAAAGACGUUAACGGCAGGCACUUCUAUUACAAUUGCGCCACUCAGGAGCGGACGUGGAAACCGCCACGGGCACGGGAUAGCCUCGGCAGGAAGGAGGAGAGACCUGUACCUUUAGCAGUAGAUACUGAGGCUCUGUCAUCAGAAGAUAACAAUCUCAGUAGCCAAUCAGAUAGCCAGUAUGGCUCACCUCCUAGUGGCUGGUCUGAGGAGUUUGAUGAGUAUGGACACACGCUGUAUGUGUGUGAUUGUACAAAUGAGAAGGUAUAUAGAAACACAAAAACAUGCAGUUUGGAUCGAAAACAGACGGCUCCCAUACUGAUGAAACAGUGGAGGCAUAGCACAUGGAUGCUGGAUGGUAACGACAAGGAGCCGUUGAAAGUUGGCUCUCUGGAUUUGGAAUCUUCUGACCCAUCAUCUCCCAAACACCCCCAUUCUCCAUUUGAGAAAUCUGGAGUUCUGAACAUGACCAAGAUCACAGAACACGGAAAGAAAGUUCGGAAGAACUGGACUUCAUCUUUUACGGCUUUACAUGGAUCUCAGUUGAUAUUUCCCAAAGGUCAGGGGUCGGCCACCAGCUGGUUUGGAAGCCACCAAACAAAGGGGGAGUUCAGCGUCGACCUGAGAGGAGCAACUGUCGAAAAAGCGUCAAAAGACAAAUCCAGCAAGAAACACGUUCUCGAGGUGAAGACUCGACAGGGUACGGAUCUCCUUUUACAGUCGGAUGUUGAGAGCACCAUCAGCGAGUGGUUCAAAGCCCUGACUGAUGCCAUAAAUACUCAUGCCUGGGAGUCUGACGAGGCUAUUGAAGAAGACAUGCCCGAAUCUCCAGGACCAGAGAAACAUGAUAAAGAUAAAGACAAGGAAAAAGAACAGCAAGACCAGGAGAAGAAGACCAAAGUCAAGCUAAAAAGAUUUCUCACUCGUAGACCGACUCUACAGGCGGUUCGAGACAAGGGUUACAUAAAAGAUCAGGUGUUCGGCUGUAAUCUGAGCAAUCUGUGUCAGAGAGAGAAAACCACCGUGCCUCAGUUUGUCCGGAUGUGUAUCGAGCAUGUAGAGAAUGAAGGUCUGAGUUUGGAUGGUCUGUAUCGAGUCAGUGGGAAUCUGGCAGUCAUACAAAAGCUGAGAUUUGCUGUAAAUCACGAUGAGAAGUUCAAUUUGGCAGACAGUAAAUGGGAGGAUGUCCACGUGACCACCGGCGCGCUGAAAAUGUUCUUCCGGGAGCUUCCAGAACCCCUCUUCACCUACGCAUACUUUAAUGACUUUGUCAAUGCCAUCAAAAACCCGGAUUAUAACCAGAAAGUGCAGGCUGUUAAAGACCUGAUAAAACAGCUUCCUCGACCCAAUCAAGAUACGAUGCAGGCCCUCUUCAAACACCUAACAAAAGUGAUAGAUCACGGUAAAGAGAACAGGAUGACCAUACAGAGCACUGCCAUCGUGUUUGGCCCAACUCUCCUACGUCCUGAGAUCGAGGGUCCCAACAUGGCGGUACACAUGGUUUACCAAAACCAAAUUGUUGAACUUAUACUUACUGCGUGUGAAACCAUAUUCAACAGGUAAGCUGCACCCCAGUCAUGUGAUCUAGGCUUAUCACCUGAACAUGCAGCAGCAGCGACCACCCGAGGAUUAAAGACUGUUUCUGAAAGGAUGUCUGCUUCACAACCAAUGCUUUAAAACCAUCGAUUCUCAUAAAUACAACUAAUAUAAUGUAAACUUAGUACUGAAUCUACUAAAAAACACCUAGAAUUGCUCAUUUAUUUUUAUCCUUUUUUUGAUUGGACAAAAUCACUUUGAAGGAAUGGUUUUCCUUAUUGGACUUUUUGUACACCAGCUUUUAUUGGACUACUGGACCAAGAAUGCUUUCCAGUGCACCGUGGUGUCGGUUUGCUGGCCAAACAAAACUAAUGGGAACUAAGGUUAACUCCUGGGAACGGAAAUCUUCCAACACGGACCUGGUAGAGAAUUCUACGUCUGUGCUGCGAUGUAUUUUUCAUAUCCUUCAGUAGUGGAACUGUCGAUGAACCGCUGAUCUUUCGUUCCGGUGGCUUUUAUACUACUGCAUUUUUAAAAAGAGGGACUGACGGAUCAAACACGCUGGACUUGGUUUCUUUGUCUUUCUGGCUGCCUGUCAUGUACACUGGACACAAAUCCAUCUAUCCAUUCAGUUGUAAAGCUUGUCUUAUGUGUAUGAUGUGUCUGGUGCGUCUGCUUAUGUGUGUUUGUCUUUAUCUGUGUCGUUGUAACAGUAUCCUACUGAUUCCUUUAAAAGCACCCUGUGUACUCAUUAAAUGCACACUCAGGUCCUUAGGCUGGGAAAAUGCUGUACAGAUAUACAGAUAACAGAAUGUCAUGGGGGCAAAAUAAGGCCUGUAAGUAACACAGUGAACAUUUUCUUUAGACCCUCUCUUACUGUCCUGGUACUUGACACGUAAAGGGUAAAAUAUUGACUUUAAUCUUGUCAGUUAGCCCAAUACAUUAAAAGAAACUCUCACUCAAGAUAAUACAGAAAUAAUCUUCAGAUUUCUUAAUUAUAUAAGACAAGAAAACAAGAUUCCUGACUAAAUUGUUUCGGUAGCGGUGCAGAACGGGGGCAGAGCACAGCACACACAGGUAUUCUGGAGAUCUGGGUUUGAUCCUUGCUUUGACAGUUUCCUCCAGGUACUCCACUUUCCUUCCACCUCCCAUUCAUUCCCAUCAAGGUAGACCAGCUGCUCUGAUCCCCAGGUAUAAGUAAGUCAAUAAAUAUGUGGGUGUAGUAGCCAUCGAUGAAUUUUCGAUGAGCGACUCUGUGUCACUGUUUCAGUGAACCUGUGCCCACAGUAGCCUUAGUAGCCUUUUUGUUCUUGACUAAGACGAUUAAGACUAGAUGCUUAUACAUCAGUGUUACAUUUUAUAUUUAUUGGAAACACCAGGGGUCACGCCAAACUGACGCAUCAACACCUAAUAAGGAGAAAAAAAAUUAUACACUAUGUAAAGCCUGUCAGAUUAAGCACAUCCUAACUGAAUGCCCAACAUAUAACAAAGGAAGGCAAAGAUUACAUAUGCCUAAAACAAUAAAUAAGACCAUCAAUCAGGAUAAUACAAAAACAGUUAGUAUAUAAGUAUAUUCUUACUAAUAUAAGACUAAAUACACAAAUAUAAGACAGACCCUAGUAAAAUAUAAAACUAACAAACAGGGAAACACCAGGGCCUUGGCUAGACGACAUAUGGGCAAUUCAGAGCAGCCAAUCCACUUACUGAGUAUAUUUGGGAAUGUAACUGAAGAAACCCCACACAGUCACUAGGAGAACGUAGUAAACUCUUAGUACAGUAUACAGUGUUUUAAUCUCUCUCCCCAAGACCCCCAGCAGCCACUAUACCUAGUGCGAGCAUGGCAUCAAUAAUCUGUUAAAACAAUAUACAACCAACCCUUUUUUUUUUUUUUUUAAACUGGUUGGUUGUUUUUUACAGAUCGCUUGCAAAAAAAUACAAAAUAGCUGACUGUACUAAUUCAUACAUAUUCACAUAUUCAUAAUACAGUUUCAUAACACAAACAUGUGCUCAUAGAUGAAGCCAGGAAAACGAAAGUUGUAUUACUUGGUUACGUAACGUAAACAUAUAAGUUUGUGUCUCUACUGUUUAUAUUGGUCAUUGAUCUAUUGAAACCCACUUACCCUGUACAGAUAACCACUGUUCUAGAGCAGGGGUUUUUAACAGGCCUGAGUAUCGACAGAUAUCUUUUUUUACUUCUAAAACAAAAGCAAUUUAUUUUUCACCCACAGGAAGCAUAUUUGAUUAGACAUGCGGGUGUGCAUGGUCAGCGAGACUAAUGUUAUCCAGCUCAGUCUGGAAAAAGGAUCAUUGGAUAGCAAAGCUUAAAAGUUCAAGGUCAGCACACGGAAGCUCAGCACAUGUCCAAAAAGGUAAAACCCCUGUUCUAGAAUGUCGUCAUUGUGUAUUAUGUGCACACAAGCCCACACAAAUCCACAAUCCUGGUAAAAAAAAAGUGUUAUCUAUGAUGGAAAAAAAACUCAUUUACCUUUAGUGUCUUUCUUUAAAUGAAUAGUGUUCUACAAAGAUACCUGCUGGUGUUCGGUGACUAAGUUUAAUCAGUUAAACAAGUUACUAUUAAUAUAGUAAUUACAGAGACUGAUAUACACCAACUAGGCAUAACAUUAUGACCACUGACAGGUGAAGUGAAUAACACUGAUUAUCUCUUCAUCACGGCACCUGUUAGUGGGGGGGAUAUAUUAAGCACCAAGUGAACAUUUUAUCCUCAAAGUUGAUGUUAGAAGCAGGAAAAAUGGGCGAGCACCAAAUUGUGAUGGCUGGACGACUGGGUCAGAGCAUCUCCAAAACUGCAGCUGGUCCAAGAAAGGAACAGUGGUAAACCGGCGACAGGGUCAUGGGCGGCCAAGGCUCAUUGAUGCAAGCCGAUCCAACAGACGAGCUACUGUAGCUCAAACUGCUGAAGAAGUUAAUGCUGGUUCUAAUAGAAAGGUGUCAGAAUACACAGAGCAGCACAGUUUGUUGUGUAUGGGGCAGCAAACAGGGGACCAACACAAUAUUAGGAAGGUGGUCAUAAUGUUAGGCCAGAUCGGUGUAUAAAGAUAAUAAGAUAAAGUUGUUCCUGUACACUGUGACAUAAUGUAAAGAAGAGAUGAGAGUAUUUUUCCUACAACAGUUAUGGAUCAGUUACAUGAAAUAACUUAAAAUACUGAAGAAAUACGUGUUAGAACUGGAACUGGACAUUCUGUGUACUUGAUGUUGCUUUUUGAGCUCACAGGUGACAAGGUAAGGGGUUAGGAUUUUUGUUCAAAAGAUUAUAAUGGAGAUUAUAAUAAAAUGUUUCAUAUCAAACGUCA